UCAGAAGGUGAAGAACUAAUUAUACAAAUACAACAAUUUGAUGCACAAUUAUCACUAUUUGAUUUUCUUUAUGUUUCAGUUAGUAAUAUUAUGAGUUAUGAGGAGAAUCAAAUAAGAGAUGAUGAAACUUCGUCAGAUACAUUUAAUAGUUCUACAAUCUUAUUAAUUAAUAAAAUUGUUGACUUGAAAAUUGAAGAACAUUCAAAAUCUCCUGUAGCAGAAACAGCCCAAGCUGUUUUAUCUGAAGAUUUGGAUUAUAAUCUUUCUGAUGUAUUAAAUAGUUUUUUAGAAUGUGAAAAGCAAAAUAG